UAUUAUUAUUAUUUUAUUUUACUUCGUUGUUUAGCAAAUAGUUCGUUUCUUACUCACUGAUUGCAGUACGGAGACAGUUAAUCAAUGACUUAAAAACAACCUUCGUCAGCUGUUUCUGAAUAAAAUUGCACGACGACGUCGAUGGCGUAGCUGUAAAUUAAUGAUAAUUCCUGGACUUGGAGAGAACAAUAGUGCAAUUCAAUGCCAAGAGGCAGCGACACACAGAGACUGGUGGCCGACCAGGACGAGGAUGAAGAGAUUUUGGGUACAGAGGGCAGUUUUGUCCCCGCCUUUCGACCACAAGAUCAAUCGGAAUACGAUCUGGGGGAUGAGAGAUGUGUUUUAGAGCGCCAGCAAGAUGAAGUGGUUCUGGUUUCCAACGAACCAGCCAGUGGCAAACUUUUUACCUAUUUCGUGUUCUACCUUCUAGGAAUUGGCACAAUGACCCCGUGGAACUUCUUUGUGACCGCUGAAGAUUACUGGAAGUAUAAGUUCCGGAAUGCAUCAAUUAAUAUCACAGAUGUGGACGAGGAGCUUACACCGUUACAGAAGAGCUUCACAUGCGAUUUGGCUCUCACGGCCACCAUUUCGGGAACAACCUUCCUGCUGCUUAAUGCCGUUUACGGUCACCAUGUUUCGUUGCGCACCAAGAUGCUGGGCACGCUAUGGGUGAUCCUUGUUCUGUUCGGUGUUACCACUGGCUUCGUAGAGGUCAACACGGACACGUGGCAGGAGCAGUUCUUCCUAAUCACGCUCAUCAUUGUGGUGCUGCUAAAUAUAUCUGCGGCAACAAUGUCGGGAGCACUUUACGGAGUCGCUGGACUCUUUCCCUCCGAGUUCAUCACCGCUGUGGUCAGUGGACAAGCUCUAGGUGGUAUUCUUACAGCCCUAGCGUUCAUUCUCGUGCUUGCAUUUGACACGGGCCCUAAUACUACCGCAUUUAUCUUCUUUAUCGUGGGCGGAGUGCUUAUACUGCUCUGCAUUGUCUGCUACGUGAUUCUGGCGCGACAACCCUUCUUCCGGUAUUAUCUAGAGGGUGGCGAUAAAUACAAAGUUAUUCAGGCAGUGCCGUCGCAUAGUAGGAAUGAAGGAGCAGAGGCCCUCCCGCUCGAGCCAAUUUUGCGGCAAGUCAUGUCAAAAAUCUAUCUGCAUGCCAUUUGUCUAGCGCUUCUCUACAUUACAACAUUGUCUGUGUAUCCGGCGGUUACAGUUCUUAUGCAAUCCGAACAUAGUCACAGCGAAUGGACAGAUGUGUACUAUCUACCCGUGGUAAACUAUCUGAUCUUCAACUGCGGUGACUACUUUGGCCGUCUGCUUUCUGGCUGGUUGGAAAAACCCGUCAACCAGAAUACUUCGCUGUUAUUUAUAGUAUGGCGGAUGGCCUUCGUUCCAUUCUUCCUGUGCUCCAAUUCCAGCGAACACAAUUUUCUACCUGUUUUGGUGAAGCACGACUACUCCUUCAUUACGAUGAUGGUAAUUUUUGCCCUGUCCAAUGGCUACUUUACCAACAUACUACUCAUAAUGGCGCCAAAAAGCGUAAAACAGCACGAAAAAGAGCUGGCUUCCUCCAUUAUGGCGGCAGCUUUAAGCUGCGGCAUGGCUUUGGGAUCGCUGCUAAGCCUGGUAUUUGUUCAGAUGCUGUGAUCACUCGAUAAUAAUGAGUCUGAUAUGGUGCCUUAAGUAAUAAGAGAAUCUUUUAGCUAUGAAGUCUUACGUUUCUAGAUAAUUUUUAUGUCAGCGGUGUCUUCAACGUUAAACAGCUCCGAAUAAUUUUUUUAUUUGCCAAGUUAACUGUAUAUCGUUUCCUAGAUGUAAGUUUUAAAGUUCUGUCGAUGUGCUAGGAAUAAGAACAUUUUUAAUCAAAAUUGAAA